AUGGAUGGCGCCAAGGUAACCCCGGGGAAGACGGCGGGCCUGUACGCAGGCGCUGCCGUCUUGCGGCUUGCCAUCUUCACGCUGCUUCCAGCGCUACCCGACCUGCUGACUGGCCGUGUCGAGAUCUCGACCCCCGUCACAAGCUUCAAGAGAUUGCAGGAAGGACUCUUUCUCUACAACCACAACGUCUCUCCCUACGAUGGCGGUGUCUAUCACCAGGCCCCCCUUUUCCUUCCGCUUUUCUCGCUGCUCCCGAGCUUCUCGAGCCUUCCGAUCUUCACCUACCUUCUCUACAUUGCCGUCGACCUGUUGAGUGCGAGCGCGCUAUGGAAGAUUGCGGACUCGGGUGAAGCGGGCUCGUCCGCCCUGUUCACUUCGCCGCGUCGAGAGAAGCGCUGGAGCGGCUUCGUGAUUGCAGCUGCCUUCCUCUUCAACCCCUUUACAAUCGCCACCUGCAUCGGGCGAUCCACGAGCGUCUUCACCACCUGUGCCAUCCUCCAUGCCAUCGCGAAGGCCGUGUCCGGCGCCCCCUUUGGUGCCAUGAUCGCCCUCUCCUUUGCCAGCUACCUUUCGAUGUACCCCUUGCUCCUCCUCCCCCCACUUGUCCUCCUCGCCUACGACCGACAGCGCCCUAGCCGAGCCACGAAAUCCGCCCUCCAAUUCGGGGCCGUCUGCGCCACGACCGUCGCCGGCGUGGUGGCCGUGCUCUUCCAGGUGUCCUACCUCCUGACCGGCUCCUGGGAGUUCCUCCCGUCGACGUACGGCGUGCAGCUAACGCUGUCCGACCUAGCCCCCAACGCCGGCUUGUGGUGGUACUUCUUUAUCGAAAUGUUCGACUCCUUCCGCUCCUUCUUCCUCGCCGUAUUUUGGCUGCACCUGUCGAGCUACGUCGGCGGCCUGACCGUGCGCAUCCGUCGCCAGCCGCUUGUCGUCCUGACCCUGCUUCUCGGCAUCUUUGCCAUCUUCAAGCCUUACCCGAGCAUCAGCGACUCCGCCUUGUUUUUGGCUCUCGUGCCGCUCUACCGCCACGUCGUCCCGCUGAUGCGCUACACGUUUGUCAGCGCCGCCGUCAUACUCUAUGCCACGUGUCUAGGACCCGCGUUUUACCACUUGUGGAUUUACGCCGGCAGUGGGAAUGCCAACUUCUUUUAUGCCAUCACCUUGGUGUGGAAUUUGGGUCAGAGCUUGUUGGUGUGCGAUCUGAUGUUUGCCGUGUUGAGAGAUGAGUGGGAGGUGGAACGGCCUGAGAUGGUGGGGAAGGAGAUACGACAGAUAUAG